AGCAGCUCCUAGCUGAAGUCUGCUCCGUGUGGCUGUGUCUACCAUACUGCAGCUGCCGGUUGCUCCAGGCUGAGGUUGCUGUUUAGUUCAGCUGGAUAAACUAGUAGAAACCGACCCGUGACAUCCGGGAGCUUGAUCAUACAUACCUGUUCAGGUUUUAGGUACCAGCAGAGGAGGAUUAUAGAGAGAAACAAAGUGGGGGGAAAAAUCAGGUCGCGUGAGGAUUUUCGAAGCGGACCUCUUUUCGGCGUUCCCAGUCGACCAUCCCCCGCUCCCGCCACCGACAGCUGACGUCACAGCGCAGCCGUUAGUUUUUUUUUUUGUGAGUGUGUGGAGGGGGCGUUUGUGCGAAAAGAGGAGGAGUUUUUCUCCAAGAGAGAAGCAGAAAAAAAAAGAAGUCGGUGUGCUGCAGCUUCGUUUUCCCCUUGCACAGUCCUGCAGCUCCAUCCACACCGCCUGCCUCUCAGAUCGGUCCGGCAACGGAGCAACGGACAGACCGCAGUCCUAACGGACCAUCGCUAAGACAGCAAGUCGGUUGUCGACAGAUCUGGUAUUAAAUCCAUGACCAAGAAGCCUCUGGAUUAAAGAGGAGUGACACUGUGGAUCAGAUGGUUAAAUUUCACUUCAGUACUGGAUCUGAAUCACAGAACUGUUGGAGAACCAAUCAGCUCAGAAUAAAUAGAUCUGUGAAGGAACCUUCUGGAAGAGAGCCAAGAAAAAAGGAAGCAAUGGAAGUCGUUGUGACCGAGGAAAAGAAGAAAAUCUUCCGUGCCAAGAAAACCAUGAAGAUCAGUGAUCGUCUGCAACUGGAAAGCCUUCACAGCACUUUACUGAACACAGCUCCAGGCCUGUCCAACCCGUCUCCACCGCCGCUGGUGAAUGGCACGCACAAAGAAGACGGGCAAAAGAUGGGCGACAAGGAGCAUAACAGCGCCUCCGACCCGAGCUCCCCCCAGGCUGCUUCCCCCACCACUCCUGGGUCUCUGAGCUCCCCAGCACCAUUCCUGUCCCUAAAUCUAUCACCCUCUCCGGGCUCCUCCGACAGUCCAAGCCCAAUAGAGGAAGCAAUGUCUAAGCUGUCGCCACCCCCCACAGAAUCCCUUGAUUCCCAGAAGAUGGAGGAUGAGGAGAAGAAAGGUUCUUCACCAUCCCCUCACAAUGAGUCAGUCGGGCCAGUGUCUGCAGAUUCUAAGGAGGAUGGAGAUGUGAUCCCAAUGGAUGGAAUACAGGAGAAAAAAGCUGCUCCAGAGGAGCCAGUUGUGGAUUUGGAGAAGGAUUCUGAUAAACGUUCUCCUGAGCCGUCUGCAAUGUCUGAAUGUAUAGAACCGAUGGAUGCAGAUAAUGACUCGACACACACCAUUGACUCUGAAGACUCCACAUCCACAGUAAAACAGGAAAAGCCUCCUAAAUCUAGGGAUGCAACGGCGUCGGCUGAGGAAAAACGGCCAAUUGAAGAGGAAGACUUGAAAGAGGAGGAUGAUCAGAGAGCUUCUGCUGAGAAAGAGUCGAAUCUGAAGGACAAGAUGAAGGUGGACUCUGUAAAGGUUGAGCCUAAAAAGGAAAAAAGGGAAGCUGGAGAAACUAAAGGACCAACCAGACCAUCAUCCACCCCGCCUUGUAACACAGAUCAAGGGCAGAAGAGUUCAGCAUCAGGGCUGAAACGCACUUUAUCAGAAGGAAACGAAAAUGAUGCACCAUCUGUGAAAAGAGAGGGUAAGAGGCCCAAGGUGGAGCAUGAGGAGCUGGAGGCCCAACUGGAGCUGAAAAUCACAGCGAAGGCUGGCAGUCAGGAAAAACUGGAAAAGAUCGUCCAGCAACUUGUGAAUGAGCAUCUGAAGAUCUUGGAGCUGACAAACUUUAACAAAAAUUUCCAAGAGUUAAAGAACAGAGUUGACAAAAUUGAGUGUGCCACCAAACACCAAACUGCAAUACACUCACUCCAAAGCAAGAUUGCUCGGAUGGCCAAAAAGUUUGGAGAGGCUAAUCAGAUGUCAGAAAACAAAAGAAAACAGGAGGCGCUCGCCGUGGCCGCCGCCGCUGCCAGUGCUUCUGCCGCUGCCAAGACUGCAACCGUUGCAAACUCCCAAACUCAGCGGCCGGUCCGGACCUCUGUUGAAGUAAAGCAGACGCCAGCAACUGUUGCCUCCUCCAGCACAGCUGUAGUUCCAGUUGCAGCUCCUGUACCAGCCUCGACUGCGUCCCCAGCUUCUUCCUCUGCCCCAUCUUCCACCUCCGCCACCACCAUAGUCCCACAGGGCUCCAUCCUGCAGCUGAUCACCUCCAGCUCUAACGCCGCCUCCACUUUGGCCACUGCCAUCACCACCCAGAGCCAAACGGGCACACUGGUGCUGAAAACAACGCCCGGGAGCGGCAUGGUGGCCGCGGGCCAGCCGCUCGUCAUCCAGCUGCCUCUGUCGAUGAACGGCCAAACGGGAACGCUCGUCAACUUCCCCGUCUCCUCUUUGGCAGCGGCCACCUCUCUGAACAAGGCCAAAACCACUCCCACCACCACCACCUUCAUCCUCAAGCCUUCUCCUGCAGCCAACACAGCACCAGCCCCCACCUCCACCGCCGCUACCCUCCCCACUCUGCAGGCGUCCUCCGGUCAGGUAGCCCCAACGCAGAUCUCUCUGGCCAGAGCCGUUUACCAAGGCGGCGCGGGAAGAAUAACAACGCCCAACGCCGGGGUAUCUGUGACCACAGUUAGAGCUCCAGCUCAGUCUGUGUCUGUGGCUGGCGCUGUCUCUUCAGCCUCCUCACCUGCAACUUCAGGACCUGCAGCGACGGGUUCUACCGCACCAGGAACGCCACAAGGCACAUCUCUUACAUCCAAGACUGACAACCAGGCCUCUGCAGCCACUCCAUCUAAAGCGGCUGCACCUCCACCUCCAUCACGGCCCAAAGGUUCGGUCAUCGACCUCACGGAGGACGACGACGACGUUCAAGUGACGGGAGUGAAGAACGCCAGCGGUGCGACCCCCUCAGCUGCCCCCCGAUCCAACCAAGUCAUCAGCAUUCCCAGCACCGCAGGAACCAGAUCAUCCCCAAAAGCCAAUCAGAACUCUGCAAGCAAUCCACAGAUAACAGUGCAUCACCGCCCCCCACAGGAAUCAUCAUCGAAGCCCCGCACUGUAACCACUACUACACCUUCCCGCAGCUCCAGCACAGCGCUCCCCCCUCUCCCCAUCGCUCCUGUGCCGCAGCGUUUGCCCCCGGAGGCGGAGCAGACCUCACCCCCCCAGCAGCUCCAGCUGAAGCUGGUGCCCGGUCAGUCCGGCAUCGUGCUGUCCUGGAGCGUGGCGGAAACCGAUCGAAGCUGCGCCACUGUGGACAGCUAUCACCUCUAUGCCUUCCAUCAAGACAACUCUAGCAGCGGUACGGCGCAGCAGCACUGGAAAAAAAUAGGAGAAGUGAACGCCCUUCCUCUGCCCAUGGCCUGCACGCUGACCCAGUUCCAGUCCGGAUCCACGUACUAUUUCGCUGUUCGAGCCAAAGACAUUUACGGCCGCUUUGGUUCUUUCUGUGAACCUCAAUGCACAAAUGUUAUCAGUUCCAGCUCAAGCUAAAACGUUACAAAAUAAAGACAGUUCUUUUUCCCAAUUCUGAAAUAUCCUUUACUUUUGACUUAUUUUAUUUGUAUUUUUUCUCCGUUACAUUUUAAAAUCUCAAAUAUUGUAUGCUGAACAGAUACACUAUCUGUAAAUAUGUCUACGCUAAAACCUGGACUUGGUAAAUAAACCAGCAAAGUCCUGGCUUUGUCUGGUUUCCUGUACGUGAUGUAUUCUUUUGUGACCUAAGCUGUUGUGUAAAUGACCCAUUAUUUUUGCCCCUCUACCAGGUCAGAUAUUUAUGUUUUUUCACUCCUGUAAGUUAGACCAAGACUGUUCUUGUUUUGUUUUUCCUUUUGUUGAUGACCGGUGACCGGAUUAUUCAUCUAAACUCGAUUGCACAAAUAUGUAUACUUGUGUGGUAGAAACAGUUUGACUUUUUUUUAAGUUUUGUCUGGCAACCAGACUUUGAAAAGUGUAAUA